CGUCAACUGCGUCGCACAAUUGAAUGGAGACCAACCGGGAUGCGUUACAUAGCUAUAAGUGCACUCUCGCAUAAGCUUUUGUAAAUAUCCUGUUUUAAUAAAAAGACAUAAGGUAAAUGAUAGUGUUUGUUUAGCACAAUACAGGGUUAUAUUAGGGAGUUUAAAGAAAAACGUGUCUUAAUUCUGUGCGCUAGCCUGAAUCAGUCGUAUCAUUCCAUUCUGCGACGCACAAAACAAACCCAUUAACUCUUGUUUAGUCCGUUUAUUUCGGAUGACAUCGCCGACAUUACAUUUCUAGAUCCCGUGUUUACAAAUCAGCACUUAUCUAUGGAGGGUGUUUGUAAUAUAGAAGAUUCAGAUGUGAUGUCUCAGACGUGUGUGCUGUCUGAGUUCAGUGAAUGCGCGGAAGUGCGAGCUGUCAUCAGCACUCUACCAGACAUCCAUCACGACCUGGUCCGCAGAGAGAACACCUUUGAGAAAUUCGUGGUAACGAUGGACCGCUACCAGGAACAACCACAUCUAUUGGACCGUCACUUAGAGUGGAUGCUGAACAUGCUCUUGGAGAUGAUACGCAGUGAGAAGUCGCCACCUCUUCUGGUCCAUCUCUGUUUUAAAUUUCUCUACAUCAUCUCGAAGGUCAGAGGCUACAAGGUGUUCAUGCAGCUUUUCCCCCACGAGGUGUCAGACGUUCAGCCCGUUCUGGACCUCUUAUGCAGACAGGACCCAAAAGACACUGAGACCUGGGAAACACGCUACAUACUCCUCCUGUGGCUCUCCAUGACAUGCCUCAUUCCUUUUGACCUGUCCCGCCUGGAUGGCCACUUGUCCACUGACGCCGAGGUCAAAAGAGAGCCCGUCAUGGAUCGUAUCCUAUAUGUUGCCAAGUCAUUUCUUGGAGUCAGUGACAAAUCUCGAGAUGCUGCAGCUGUUCUGGUGUCAAAGUUUGUGACCCGCCCAGAUGUGAAGAAGAAGCAUUUGGGAAAUUUUCUGGACUGGUGUCUGACCACAAUCUCUCAGACCAGUGAGGUGACCAUGGAGGGAACUGUGGCCCUCGAUGGUGCAUUACAGUCACUGGCCCAGCUCUUCAAGCAUGGAAAACGUGAUGACUUCCUGCAAUAUGCCCCUCCAGUUCUUCAAUGCCUGAAUCAGAAGGGAAUAACUGACAGUAACCAGGCCACAUUACGGAAACUGGGAGUUAAAGUUGUCCAGAGACUAGGCCUGAUCUCUCUAAAACCACGUUUGGCUAAAUGGAGAUACCAGAGAGGAUGUCGGUCACUCGCAAUGAAUCUGGCUCAGUCUGCCAUCACAGAAAGUGUAGAGGCUACAAAACCAGAUCUGUCAUCUGUCAGUCAAGAGGAAGACUAUGAUAUACCUGAGGACGUUGAGAAUGUCAUUGAACAGCUGUUGGUUGGACUGAAAGACAAAGAGACUAUAGUGCGAUGGUCCUCUGCCAAGGGGAUCGGAAGAGUGACCGGUAGGCUACCUAAAGAGCUUGCAGAUGAUGUAGUUGGAUCUGUUUUAGAGUGCUUCAGUUUCCAGGAAACGGAUAAUGCCUGGCAUGGAGGCUGCCUGGCUCUUGCAGAGCUGGGUCGGAGAGGAUUGCUGCUUCCUUCACGUCUGUCAGAUGUGGUGCCGCUGAUUGUAAAGGCUCUGACGUAUGAUGAGAAAAGGGGAGCCUGCAGCCUGGGCUCGAACGUCCGUGAUGCCGCCUGUUAUGUGUGCUGGGCUUUCGCUCGUGCCUACGAACCGACUGAACUUAAGCCUUACGUCAACCAGAUCGCCAGCGCGCUGGUCAUCACAACUCUGUUUGACAGGAACAUCACCUGCAGAAAGGCCGCCUCUGCCGCUUUCCAGGAGAAUGUGGGCAGACAGGGCACUUUCCCCUACGGCAUAGACAUCGUCACAGCGGCAGACUACUUCACUGUUGGUAACCUGAAUAACUGCUACCUGACUAUCAGUGUCUACGUCGCUGGUUUUGAGGAAUACACCAAACCACUCAUUGAUCACCUGGUGACUAUGAAAGUCAAUCACUGGGACGGGGUGAUAAGAGAGCUGGCCACUAAAACGUUGCAUAAUCUAACUGUCAGGGCUCCGGAGUACAUGGCCAGCAGCGUUUUACCCCAACUGUUGCCCAUGGCGACGGGACUGGACCUACACACCCGUCAUGGCGCUAUACUGGCCUGCGCUGAGAUUACUCAUGCUCUCUACAAGCUUGCCACCCAGGGCAACAGGCCAUUGACUGACUUCCUGUCCUCUGACACCAUCGAAGGCCUCAAGGGCAUUCAUCAGAAGCUUUCUGACAGAAGACAGUACAGGGGAUUUGGUGGAGAGCUCAUGAGACCAGCUGUCUGUGCCCUCAUUGAAAAGUUGUCUCUCUCUAAGAUGCCUUUUAAAGACGAUCCAGUUAUCACUGGUUGGCAGUGGUUGAUAGAUGACAGCCUAAAGAACCUUCAAAUGUUCUCCACUGCGGCAAGACCGGGUGUACAGGUUGCUGCAGUUUCAGCGUUGGCAGCGUUGUGUCUGCAGUAUUAUCAGAUUGAGAUAGGGGUGGCUGAUGUGAAAAUGCAAGAUGAGCUGGUUGGUCAAUACCUGUCUGCACUGGAAAGUCCUGCAGUUCUGACCCGAUGUGGGUGUGCUCUCGCUCUGGGCGCUCUGCCUCCUUUUAUGAUCCACGGCAAACUGCAGCAGAUCCUACAUGGGCUCCAGGCCGUUUGUCGAAUGGCACCGAAACAGGAGAGUCUCACAGAAGCCAGGAGGGAUGCCGCCACAGCCAUGUCUCAGGUGUGCGUAGCCGUAGGAGUGCGUGCGGGAGGCAGCCCGGACCGCAUGCUUUGCGAGGACAACGUUAGGGCCGUGUAUGAAGCCUUGCUGGGCUGCAUGAACGACUACAGCACCGACAGCCGAGGCGAUGUUGGGGUCUGGGUGAGAGCAGCUGCAAUGAGCAGUAUCAUUGACGUGACCCUGACGGUUGUGGCAUCUGCGCCAGAGCUCCUCUCCGCUGAUAUCGUUCAGCGCAUGAUGUGCCGCCUCGCCCAGCAGGCCGCUGAGAAAAUAGACCGCUACAGAGCGCACGCCGGCACCAUUUUCCUGCGGUUACUUCACAGCGUGGAGCCCGCAGUACCACACAUUCCCCAUCGGGAGGAGCUACUGAGAAUCUUCCCUCCAGAGACGGGAAACUCCCUCAACUGGAAUGCAGCAUCACAGGCGUUUCCUCACAUCACUCAGCUGCUGGGGCUACAUCAGUACCAGUACCACACGCUGCUGGGCCUCACCGUAUCUGUGGGCGGUCUCACUGAAUCUACAGUGCGUUUCUCGUCUCAGUCUUUAUUUGAGUAUCUGAAGUCCAUUCAGCAGGAUGCAGCAGCUCUCAAGCAGUUUGGAGACACUGUGUUAGCAAUCUUCAGAGAUCACCUGCGCAUCGACAGGGUCUCCGUCCCUUUACUGAAGAUGGUGGAUCAGCUCCUGGCUAACGGCUGCUUUGACCUCUUCACCAGUGAGGAGAGUCAUCCAUUUUCUGUGGAGCUGCUGUCACUCUGUAAGGAGGAAAUCAAGAAGUCCAAGGAAGUCCAGAAGUUGUUGUCGUGUAUAGCCGUGUUCUGUGGAAUGGUCCAGUUUCAGGGCGACAUGAGGAAGAAGGUCUUAGUGCAGUUGUUGAUGUUGCUCUGUCACCCCUUUCCUGUGAUCAGGAAAGCGACAGCCAGCCAAGUAUAUGAGAUGCUCUUGACCUACGAUGAUGUCAUAGAUGAUGAGCAAGUGCUGGCUGAUGUCAUGGCUUCGCUCAGUGACACCAAUUGGGAAAGUGACAUCGCCACAGUGCGCGGCCACAGGAAUCAGCUCUGUGAUUGGAUGGGAGUGCCAAGGCCGACGAUGGUGGCCAAGAGUUCACCCCAAUAGCUCACUUCGUUCUCAAGCAAACUGAAGCACAACCAGAUGCUCUCUGUACCUGUUGUGUUAUGGACACCAGUCUGCAGAAUGUGUCCUAAACUGUCAGCUAAUGCUUUCCAUGACCUCCCGUCAUUAAAUUCUUUAAUAAUCCACCUGUUACUGUUAUUGACAGCAUUUUCAAUACUGUACUUGAUGUUUCCUUAAACAAGCACUGUGCACACAAGUCAUAGCUUACAUUUCUCUGAAGAAACCCUAUCUAGCAUAGUUGAACCAUUUAACUCAGAGGUCAUUACAGUUUCUUGAUUUGCACAUCAUGCACUAUCACAACUCUUCAGAUGUCUACUCAAGUUUAAAAUAAAAACAGAAAAUCUGGGUGAAAAGAAAAGUUUAAAAUCUGUUUUUCAUGCACAGAACACAAACUGAGAUUUUCAUAAUUCAGGGGUUUUCAAAAUUGGGGCCAGGGACCCCCAGGGGGCCUCCAGAAGGUUGCAAGGGGGCCACACAGAAAAAUAAAAGUCCACAGUGUUUAUCUUCUUUAUUUGCUAUUGAUAGUUUCCAGAAUAGUUUAUAUUUAAAAUCUUUCUAGUGAGAUUUUCUCACUGUAGUUUCUUUUUUGGGAAUCAAAGUGAAAUUGCUGCAGACUAUUUAGGUUUAGAAACAAUGUGUUGUCUCUAUAAUAUCCUAUUUACUAUCUAUCUUGCAAAUUUUAAACAUUUAUUUUCACAGAAAAUGUAUAGAUUGAUGUAUAUUUUAGAAAAGGGGGUCCCUCAAAAAAGGUUAAUCACAUUUGGGGGUCCUUGGCAUCAUGAAGUUUGAAAACCCUUGUCAUAAUUCAUGCAUCAAAGGGUUAAGUCCUGCUUAUGUUUUUUUUUCUUUGUAAC